AUGAAAGGUUCAGGAUUCCCAACAAAAAGAUUAUUCACUUAUGUCCAUAAGGACGAAAUAUCAGUAGAAAGAGACAUAUUCGUGGAUGGCAUUGGAACUAUCUCAUAUCCUGAGAAACGAAGAUCUAACAUCCAGUUAAAACUAGACAAUCUAUCAAAUCCUAUGCCAACAAAUGAAAUGUUGUUGGAGUUUCCUCCUGACUAUUAUAGAUACGUUAGUCAUCUACCUACUAGAAUAACCCAAGAGAUGUAUAUAAUGGCCGAUUUAAGUAGUGAUAUUCCAAAUGAUGCUGCAGACUUAUCGCCUCUUUAUAUGGGCAAUGAAGAAAUCCUCUGCAAGAUAACUAUUGAUUCUAAUGGACUUUUACGUUGCAAACCUGAUUUUACUCGCGGGUCUGUUAAGUACAAAAUAAAAAGCAAACAAAAAGGGUCAUAUUAUUUUACGUUGGAAAAUAUUUCACUUCAAAUGUCUGAUCUGGACAAACAGAAAAUAAGAAACAUGGAUAAAGAGAUAACACUUAGAAAAUAUUCUCACUUUUGUGCCUCCAUCGGCAAACAGUUUGAAAUGCCAAAUGAACAAAGUUACAGGCUUUUUAUCGCUGGAGAGAUAAUGGGUGCGACUAACUUUGAAAACCCUGGAUUGUAUGUACAAUAUUAUCUUGAAUUACCACAAAACUGGAAAGCGUAUGAUCAUAAGCUAUUAUGUGGAAGUUCCCAGAUAGCCUCUAUCAAAAAUUAUGGAAACGAAGAAAUAAUUAUGUUUUCACAUCCGAUCGAAUUUGACCUAACAUAUAAACCUGAAAUAAGUAUCGACUUAACGAAAGGACCAGUUUCAAUAUGGCCUACAUUGUAUUUUGAAGUCCAGUCGCUUGACUUUUGGACUCGGAGUCGAACUGAAGGGUAUGGAUUCACAGAACUUCCGCGCAUUGCUGGUGCUCACUCAAUUAUUGUGAGUUGUUGGCGCCCAGUAGGAGAUUCUGUUGUAGAGGAACUAAGAAGAUUUUUUAUAGGUGGAACAUGCCAACUAGAGGACCCCACAUUUGCCAAAAUACCUGGAUCAUUUGAAAGCAAUAACCUAGCGAAAUAUGGAUUUCGUACAAAAAGCACGGGAAAACUAUUUCUGAAUCUAAAUUGUGCAAUCCAAAGCUGGUCCAAUCUAUACAGGACUAUGAGCAGAUGUCCAACAACGGGUGAUGAGAAGCAAAGAAGGAUAGCACUUGCACACAUGGAUGUUUCAACGAUAAUAAAAGCAUACCAAAAAGCUCGUUCAAAAUUACUGGAAACCAGGAAAGUUAUAGAAGGUUUGGGGAAAGUCAAUUUUUAA